GACCGAGCAGCUCGAGCGCUCGCGCCGCGGAGCCAUCAAAGAAUACCGCCACCGCCGCGCGUCUCACCGACACCCAAUGCUACGACGCCUCGCCCUCGCGCAGACGCGCCGCGCGCACCGCGCGGCGCGCCCGCUCAGCGCGAGCGUGUCCAGCGCCGAGGAGCACGCGCCCUUCGACUUCCCGCCCCCGGCGAAGGACGGCUUCGUGCCCUUCGACGCGAGCGACGCGCUCAACGUCGGCGGGCGCCUCACGGAGGACGAGCAGCUCAUCCGCGAGACGGCGCGGUCCUACUGCCAGGAGCAGCUCCUGCCACGCAUCGUGGCCGCGAACCGCCACGAGGCGUUCGAUCGCGCGAUCUUCCGCGAGAUGGGCGCGCUCGGCCUGCUGGGCGCGACGAUCGACGGCUACGGCUGCGCCGGCGCGUCGUCGAACGCCUACGGCCUCAUCGCCAACGAGGUCGAGAAGGUCGACUCCGCGUACCGGUCCGCGCUUUCCGUGCAGUCGUCGCUCGUCAUGCACCCGAUCCACAAAUUCGGCGCGGAAGAAACGAAGGCGCGCCUCCUCCCCCAGCUCGCGGCGGGCGAGCUCGUGGGCUGCUUCGGCCUCACGGAGCCGGACCACGGCAGCGACCCCGACGGCAUGAAAUCGAAGGCCGAGUUCGACGCGUCGACGGGCGAAUACGUGCUCAACGGCUCCAAGCACUGGAUCACGAACGCGCCCAUCGCCGACGUCCUCGUCGUCUGGGCGAAGCUCGACGGGGACGUGCGCGGCUUCGUGCUCGAGCGGUCGAAGCUCGCGCCGGGCAUGCUCGAGACGCCGAAGAUCGAGGGCAAGUUCUCGCUCCGCGCGUCGGAGACGGGCUCCAUCUUCCUCGCGGACGCGCGCGUCGGCCCCGACGCCAUCCUCCCCAAGGCGAAGGGCCUCGGCGCGCCCUUCUCCUGCCUCAACUCGGCGCGCUUCGGCAUCGCCUGGGGCGCUUUGGGCGCCGCGGAAGCGUGCUACGACGUCGCGCGCCGCUACGUGGGCGAGCGGUCCCAGUUCGGCGCGCCGCUCGCGGCGAACCAGCUCAUCCAAAAAAAGCUCGCGGACAUGGCGACGGAGCUCGCGCUGGGCUACGGCGCCGCGCAGCGCGUCGGCGAGCUCAAGGACGCGGGCCAGAUCAACCCCCAGAUGCUGAGCCUCGUCAAGCGCAACUCCUGCGGCAAGGCGCUCGACGUCGCGCGCGCGGCGCGCGACAUGCUCGGCGGCAACGGCAUCCAGGACGAGUACCACGUCAUCCGCCACUGCAUGAACCUCGAGGCCGUCAACACCUACGAGGGCACCCACGACGUCCACGCCCUCAUCCUCGGCCGCGGCAUCACGGGCAUCCAGGCCUUCGUCCCCUCCGCGGCCGUGCUCCCCUAGGCCCCGGCCGCGCGUUUUAGCUCUCGAGACCCG